AUGUCCACAUUUACCCCGAAUAAUUUGGGGAUUUUGGAGGAAGAAUUCGGGGAAUGGAGGAUCAUCAAUUUCGGUCCUUUCCCCGCAGCUGAUGACAUUCAACGCUCAAGUGCUGUCACUGCCUUGGCCAACGUUCCUCCCAGUAACAAGUGUGUUGAAACCGUUCACCAAGGCCAGAAGGCCCAGAGGUUGUCUAGAAUAAGAAAUCUUGCUAAACAAGUCAUCCCAAGCCAAGACGCUCAACCCACAAACCCCAAGCAAGCCAAGAAGAAACCCCGGACAAAAUCACCUUCAACCGUUAGCUUCCGACGAUCCUCCCCAUGGGCAACCUAA